GUGGUUACAGGAAAAAAAAACCCAAAACAAAACAAAUAAGCCAGCAAAAAAACCCCUACCUAGCUUGUUUUUUCCUGCCUUGGAGAUGCACACUUCUCCCAGGCAGAAUCUUUCAGGGAUAACAUUCCCAAAUCACUGGAAGAUGCCUGCCCAUCCUUUCCUAUUGGUUGCCAUGGUGAGAGAUGACGGAGCCCAGGCUGUAUAAAGCAGGGAGUGCUCGAGGAAGGGAUUUAGCAGAGGCAGGAGGGAGGUGAGUGCUGGCAAGGCACUGCCUGAGGCCACUCUGUCACCAGAGCCACCUCCACGGGGCCACCACAGACCUGACCUGGCUGGAGGGCAGGAUGAACAUCGAGGUGCACAACAUCACCUACACCAGUGCCACGGUGUCCUGGGCCAUGAGCAGCCCCUGCCCAGAGAACUACUACCACGUCAUGUACCACCCCAACUGGAACAGCGUCUUCGCCGGGUACCUGCGGCAGAACUUCCACCGCGAGGAGCGCGUCCCGCACCCGCUCAGCUCGCUGGUGCUGCACCGCCUCACGCCCUCCACCAUCUACGUCCUCUGCAUCACCUGCAGGAACUCCUACCCCUCCAGCAACCACUGCACCACCUUCCACACGCUGGACAAAAUCCCCCUGGUGUUCGGCGGCUCCAGGCACGAGCCCACCACGUCCAUGUGGAUGGUGAGCAGCCUCCUGCUGCUCUGCCUCCUCGCCCUCCUGGCCUACGGCUGCCUGCAGCUCUGGUCUGCACGCUGCCACUGGGCUGCCAGGCUGAAGCACCCCCACAGCAGCCCUGAAGACGUGGUGGAAGGGAGCAGCUCACCAGAGGAGCCACUGAGUGAUGGACUGAGAGAGGAGCUCCUGGAAGUGCCCAUGACCACUGUGCUAAUGAGUAGCUCCAGUUCCGGGAAGGACAGCCCGUAUAACUCCCCUCACUGCUUUUUUUCCUAUAAAAACAGUGAUGAUAAAAGGGCCAUCUUGCCACAGCAUGGCCUUCAAUGAAACAAAAGUAAACAAAAUCUUGCUUAGAGGUUUGGUUUGUCCUGCGCUUUCCCAGCUCUUGCCAAGAGGACUGUCUGUGUGUCCAUGGCAGCUGUCUGUCCCAGGGUAGAACAUGAGGCAUAGACAUUGCUCACAGGGAGAAAGAUUUUUGUCAAGUGACAAAAAUACUCUCAUUUGCUGAGGAUUUUUAAAAAAGAAACCAUGUCAGCUCCCUGGGAACAGCCCAGCUUGGCAGACUGUAGUGUCAUUAGCUCAUGUGCAUAAGUGCAGUGGUUCACUUCAGAGUCAUCAAUCAAUGUGCACAAGAAACAAACUCCACUCAAGUAGUUUCACACUUGAGUGCCCCUCCACUAGCAUCACACCCCAGGCCCCUUGUGUAAACAGCCUAUAUAAACAGUCAUUGCAGCCUGAGAAAAAAGCUUUUUGUCAGUCUUAUGUAGUGCACACACAAGUAUUUUAGUAAUUUCCAUUUUGAACAGAAAAUGGAAUUCCUGAAGUGGUACCUCCCUUGGGGAGCAUCACUGCAUCAGAGCACCAAUUGGCUCACUUCCCUGAGUGAGUGUUUAGAUGGAUGUGACUCAGUCUCAGUGCCAACACCAAGCAAGAGCAGUGCUGGCAUCCCUUAACAUGGGCAUUUUAUGAAGAAUAUGGAAAAGCAACAGCAACAGCACACUGAAACUGCCUCUUGCAUGGCCGUUUGCCUGUACACAGCAAUGUGACCGUGCUCAUUCACACCCACUGCUCUGCUACAGAACUAGUCCUUGCAUUUCUUCCUCUUCCUAAAUAAAUAUUUCCAACACCCAC